AUGGCCGAGUACAACCCUUGUGGUUUCUUGCCGAUUUCCGAUGAGCACCCAGCAUUUGAUGUCUUUGAUUGUUCUCUGGAGCUAUCUCCAGUUCCCCUUCUUACAGAUGAGGAGCUUGCUGACCUAGGUCCAAUCUCAAUGGAUGAUUUGGAUGCUAUGCUUGGCUUGCCACAUAUUCGACCUAACUCACCUGUGCCGUCUUCCAUUACUGCCCUCGAUCCACCUCCGAACUUGCCAGAGGCAGAGAAGGAUUUCCAACUCGCAAGGCAACACCCGAACUAUGAGUCUGUUCAACAUGCUGUGCAGAGGUUCGAUAGGUCAGUCCACGCCCACUUGGAAUCGGAACAUGGAGUCAAAGGAAACACUGCCAUGUUACAACAGAUGCAGGAGUUUGAUGUAUUCAGCCCGCGGCCAUUUGCAAAGCUUCAGCCGAAUCCAGGAUCCGAGGAAAUGAUCUUGAGCAGCCAUCCCAUGUCAUAUCAGGGUAUCAACAAUGCCAAUCCGAUCAACACUGCCUAUGGGCUGAACAAUACCAUCAUGAUCAAUGACACCGAUACUACCAAUGGCAUCAAUAGUUUGAAUGGGUUCAACACUGCCUAUGGGCUCAAUUGGACCGAUACGAUAAACUGGAUCGAUGGGAUCAACUGGACCGAGGCGAUCAACAGUACCAAUGCAGUCAACAGUACCAAUGCAGUCAAUGGCACAAAUGGGCUCAAUGCCACCAAAAACCUCAAAAACCCCAAUAGCACCAAUGAACUCAACCGAACUCCCCCCCCUCGCAUCGCACAGCAAAGGCGCGCCGUAUCCAAAAACCCAAAAGACCUUCUUCAACUCCUAGGCACCCAGCUCGCAGGCAGCACGCAAGAGGUCACCGCACCCUCAACCCCGAAUAAACGCCCCACCCAAACAAAUUUGGAGAUUGAAAUAUGGACUCCAACUCCGAAAAAGUCAUGCCCUAAUUCAGCAGCCGGCUCUUCUCACUCCGUAAAUAAAUCUCCACAUAACGCGCGCGGUUCAUCUGCCACGAAGCACGCAUACAAGACUCCACCUAGAGUUCGAAAGACUUCUGUUGGAAAAAAUGCCAAAUCCAGUUCUCCUGUAACCCCAGGAUCACCUGUUUUGACCGCAUCUAGUCAUGGAACCCCUACACCCAACAGGACGGAUAGGUCUAUCGGAUUGCGGAUUCCGUAUCCGAAGACUUGGGCCGCUGCCUCUGGUGCAGAUGUUUUGCUGUUUGAACUGAAGAAUGCUGGCGGCACCUGGGAGAUGAUUGAAAAGAGCUACAACAAGCUAACCAAUCAUGGGCACACGCGAUCUGCGUUGCAGAGUCGCUAUUGGGGAAUUAAGAAAGCUUUGGGAGAUAUUCCUCACGAGGACCCGGGCUUUGAAGGUGGUGCCAUGGGAGGUCUUCCCCAGUUCAAUCCUUUUAGCAUGGGUGCGAUUGCCGAUGAGAAUACAAACGGAAAGAUAGAGCUGGGAGAUCCGGAUGCGAAGGAUAUAGCUCAUAUGAGUCUGUGA